AUGAACCCUGAUGUGCGACCCCCUCGGCCCCGUAGCCGCGAUGACUUCGAGAUCGCCAUCAUCUGUGCCUUGGUUCUGGAGCGGAAUGCUGUGGAGGCGCUUCUAGAAGAAGAAUAUGAGACCGAUGGCUUUUCGUACGGCAAGGCUGCCGGAGAUUUGAAUGCCUACACCACCGGACGGCUGGGGAAUCAACAUGUGGUGCUGACCUAUAUGCCAAGUAUGGGUAUCGCCAGUUCAGCGGCAGUAGCCGCAAACCUUUGCACCAGCUUUAGAGGAAUCAGGCUUGCCAUCACAGCUGGUAUUUGUGGCGGCGCCCCAAAAGCUCCUGAUGGUACCGAGAUCCUGUUAGGCGAUGUCAUCGUCAGCAUGUCGGUGAUUCAGAUCGAUUUUGGCAGGCAAUACCCAAACACAUUCGUCAGGAAGAAAGAGAUCGACGAUACUCUGGGGCGGGCGAAUCCAGAAAUUCGAGCAUAUAUCGGGAAGACUUCAGGCCAUCUAGUCCAAGAGAGGCUUCGGGAGAAGAUUGCCAUCUUCUCCGCCCACAUCUCCGCCACAAAGGGGUUUUCGGGAUUCGUCUAUCCUGGACCAGAAAAUGACAGACUCUAUCCUGCUGACUAUCGACACAAGCACCGAACACAAAACUGCAGUACUUGUGGCCAUUGUGUGGAACCAGACGACGGUGUGUGCGAGGCUGCCCUCCAGAGUUCUUGUACGGCUUUGGGUUGUGAGAGUGACCUUGUUGACGGCCGUACACGUCUUCAACGAGCCCUAGGCGUAUCGCCGGGUAGGCGACAAAUGACACCUGCAGCUAUCCAAGAUGCCAGGAAACCGGCCAUUCAUGCAGGUCGCAUAGCGAGCAGCAACACCGUCAUGAAGAGUGGUAUGCACCGAGAUCGUGUUGUGGCUGAGGAGAAGGUUCUUGGGUUUGAGAUGGAGAGUGCAGGUAGUUGGGAAUACGUCCCUACAAUUGCCAUCAAAGGUGUGUGUGACUAUGCUGAUAGCCACAAAAACAAACAAUGGCAAGCCUACGCGGCUGCUACAGCAGCCGCUUGCACCAAGGCAAUGCUGGAGGAAUGGAGAAGCGUGCAAAGCCCGCCUCGGGAUCCAGACGAACAGACACACCGAGGGUCCGUCUUAAUCACACAUCCCAUGCACUGGACCAUCACUCGCUCUCCCAACACAUUGUUUGUCGGACGAAAUGAUGUGAUCCAAGAGUUGGAUACCAUCGUGCGCGAGGCUAUCAAGAAUCCUGAGCCGAAGACUCAAUGCAGGAUUGUCAUUUCUGCUAUGGGUGGCCAGGGUAAGAGCGAGAUCUGCUUGCAACUGGCCCAGCGCGUCCGUACACUAUUUUGGGGAAUCUUUUGGGUCGACGUCAGCACCAAGUCUUUAGCGGAGAACGGUUUCUUGGACAUCGCGAAGCGUGUAAACCCUUCCGCACAGACAUGGGAGCACGGGCGGCAAGGGUUGGCCAACGUUCAGCAACCAUGGAUCUUGGUGCUGGACAAUGCUGACGACCCGGUCAUCGACUACUCCGAGUAUUUCCCACCUGGGCCGUCAGGCGUAGUGGUGCUAACGUCGCGCAAUCACGAGUUCCAGCAAUAUGCGACUGCCCGGCACAUUGAUCUAGAAGGCCUUCCUGUUGCUGAUGCCCGAGAACUCUUGUUAAAAGCGGCACGCUUGCAGGGGGAUGGACGACCGAAUCUGACAGCCGAUGCAAACAAGGUGGCCGAGCUGCUUCAUUUGCACCCUCUCGCGCUUAUUCAAGCCGGAACAUAUGUCGCACGUGGCCACUGCACCCUCGCCGAAUACCCUGAAGUGUACGCACGUCAAAGGAAAAAACUACUCACCUUCCGUCCCAUGCAGGCUCGGUCUCGGUACUGCGACGUCUACACAGCCUUCGAGGCCUCGAUCGAAACCCUUCGUUCAAUCUCGGAGGUUUCAGCCCACGACGCGCUCGAACUGCUGCCCAUGCUGGCAGUAUGUGGGCCGAAUCCUAUCCCCAUUGAGCUAUUUCGAGUUGGCUGGAAGGCUGCACACUUCAUCUCCAAAAAUGCAUGUAACCGAAGUGACCAGCGCCGAUCGCUGACAAAGUGGCAUGUCUCUCGUUUUCCAUUAUUGAUGCAAGUUGGUGGAGAAGACUGGGAUCCCUUUCGCCUCAUGGAAGCCUUGCAGAUGCUGAAAGCAUUCGGCCUUGUCUCGGUCGAGGAGUCUGACGAAGUCUCCGUUGACAACAACCUCUGGACCAUGAGAGCGCGGCGGCUGCAAGCCCAUCUCCAGGCUGUCAUAUUGUGGCCCAUGCAGUCCAUAUUUGGUGGGGACCCGGCCUCAUUGAUGGUAGAGGUCUUGUUGCGGAUUGGGAUGAUGUUAGUUGUUUUGGGAGAUCAUAAACAUCCCGCUUUGAUGGUAGAGAGGUUGUUCACACACUUGAAUCUAGACCCUUCGAAGGUGAAUGAGCAGUGGGUGGACAUAUACGAACUCAAGGCGGCGAACUUGAUCUCGUCUGGUGGAUUUGACGAGGCAAUAGCACUCCUGACGCAGGUGGUGGAGAUGAAGACGGGCACACUUGCUAAGGAGGAUCCUAGUCGACUAGAUUCAAUGUACGCGCUUGCGUCGGCAUAUAAAGGUGACGUGCGAGUUAUGGAAGCAUUGACAUUGCUGGAACAGGUGGUCGAGAUAGAGCUCCACACCCGCCCGGAGACAGAUCCUAGCCGACUGGCUUCGAUGCAUACGCUGGCGACAGUGUACUAUGGUGCAGGACGAGCUCAAGAAGCAUUGUCCUUGCUAGAAAAGGUGGUCGAGAUUAGCAGUCGCUCAAUAGUGGCGGGUCAUCCAGCUCGACUGUAUCCGAUGCAUGCGCUGGCGACAUUGUACCUGCUCGACCGACAACCCGAUAAAGCAAUCCCCUUGUUAGAACAUGUGGUCGAGACAUGGAGGCGCACACUCACCGACGAACAUCCAGCUCGACUGGCCUCGAUGCAUGAGCUAGGAAGUGCGUACCGAGAGCGCGGACAACUCAACGAAGCAGUGGCGUUAUUAGAAGAUGUCGUCAGCACUUACAAGCGCACGCUCGCGCCGGAAGAUCCAUUUCGACUGGAUUCGAUGGCUGAGCUAGGGCACGCAUACAUGACUAACGGACAAUUCAACGAGGCCUUGGUAUUGUUGGACCAGGUGGUCGACGUCAGGCGCCGAACACUCGCCGAGGAGAAUCCACGACGACUCAUUUCCGAGAUGAUGCUGGUCCUUGUCCUCAGGAAACUCAACCGGCGAAGCGACGCUCUGCAGCUAUUCAAGCAUGUUGUUCGGAUCGGAAGAACGGUGCUGGACGAAGGUGACUUAUCUGUGAAGAUCGACGAGCUUCUGAAGCACUACAUGUAA